ACAGUUAACUAUUUAAGGAUAAUGGUUUUCGGAGCUCCCGCUUAUAUUUUUUUUGAAAAUUUUAAAAGAUUUUUACAAGCCCAAGGUAUCUUUGAAGCUGGUACUGGGGUAUUAUUCUUGAGUGCACCAAUAAACAUUGGAUUAUCAUACUGGUUAGUCUGGAAUACAGAAUUUGGAUUUUAUGGGUCUCCAGUUGCAACAAUAAUUAAUUUUUGGUUAAUGGUGAUCUUGUUAAUCUUAUACGUUGCAUUAAUCGAUGGUAAAAAAUGUUGGUUUGGUUUCAAAUUAAAUGAAUCAUUCCACCAGUGGGGGAACCUUUCCCAUCUAGCAAUUCCUGGAAUCGUUAUGUUAGAAUCAGAGUACUUGGCAUACGAAAUCAUGACUUUAUUUGCAUCUUAUUUUGGAACUAGUCAAUUGGCUGCCCAAAGUGCGGUUGCCAGUAUUGCAUCUUUAACUUAUAUGAUACCUUUUGCAGUUAGUAUUGCAUCUUCAACUCGUAUUGCAAAUUUCAUUGGUGGUCAAAACAUGAUACUGGCUCAAAUAGCUACUAAAACCGGUCUUUACUCUGCAAUAAUUGUUGCAUCCUUUAAUUGUAUCAUAUUAUAUACUUUUAAAAAUCAAAUUGGAUCACUUUUCAGCUCCGAUGAGGAAGUGGUUCAAUUAGUUAUAAGUUUAUUUAACCCACUAGUAUCAAUCCUUCAAAUCUUCGAUGGUAUUGCCCUGGUGGCCAGUGGUAUCUUACGGGCUCAAGGAUUACAAAAAAUCGGUGGGGUUAUAAAUUUUUUGGCAUAUUACGCAUUUGCAAUGCCGUUUGCAUUAGUUCUUACUAAAUUUACUGAUUUAGAAUUGUUUGGUUUAUGGAUUAGUAUCGGAAGUGGAAUGUUUUUCAUCGCAUUAACAGAGACUGCAGUUAUCAUCACCUGUGAUUGGGAAGGAAUCAUGAUGAAAGCUGGGAUAUUAAACGAUGAGUACUUUGAAACUUCAUCAAUCGAGUGAUUUUUUUUUUUAAUAAAUAAUCAACAAUAGUCUUAACUGUAAACUUUUACCCAAUAAGAACUGUCGGAAAACUGGCACUUCUUUUAGUUGUUUUAU